AGACGGGAGAGCCUGAGGAGUUGUGAGCUGUGACCGGAGGCAGGUACAAUGGACACCCACAUCUGGAUGUGGUUGCUGCUUUUGAUGACCACACUGAGGGGGCUGGACCCUGCCCGGGGUGAGCAGAAAUCCACAGUGUCCAGUCCACGCUGCACUUACACCUUUGUGGUCCCCCAGCAGAAGUUCAUGAGUGCUGUGUGCUGGAGUGGAGCAAGGGCAGCAGCCCCUAGUCCAGACAAUGCCAGGGCAGAUGAGCUACAGGCUCUUCAGGCCCAGCUGAGACAGCAGGAGGUGCUAAUCAAGGAACUAAGAGAACAAGUGGCUGCAGAUGGAGUAGCUAUCCGUGAAGUUCGGGCCCUUUGUGGGGACACUCGGGGUCCUGGCUCCCAACCUAGCCACCUAAUCCAUGGAAAAGUCAAGGGUUACCAUGGGGAUGGACUGGCCCAACUAGAAGGCCAGGUCAUUAAUGCCUUAGCAGAAGCCCAGAAUGCCACUGCUCAAUACCACCAAUUGGAUGCCAAGUAUCGUGCUCUGGCUAUGCUAGUCAAUGACCAGAGCGCCAUCAUUACCCAGCUGGAGCAGCGGUGUCCAGGAGAGCCUAGGGGGCAACAGGUCUUGCUACCACCUCCCUUGAGCCCCUCAGGGCUUGGAGGGCUGAUGGGUAGUGGCAGCAAUGGUAGUGGAAGACCAGAUAGGGAGCUGCAGAGGGAGCAGAGCAGGGUGCCUGGCCAACCACAGAGGCAGCAAGGAAUCCUGGCCUCUCCCCUGUCCACAAGCCACCCAGGAACACCGACACAGACAACAGGCCCAUGGCGGGAUUGCCUGGAGGCCCAAAGGGGCAGACAGGGGAUCAGUGGGAUUUACCAAGUGAGACUGGGCCAGAAGUCAGUGCCUGUGUGGUGUGACCAGCAAUUAGAGGGGGGAGGCUGGAUGGUCAUUCAACGGCGACAGGAUGGGUCUGUGAAUUUCUUCACCAACUGGCAGAACUACAAGAUGGGCUUCGGCAGGCCUGAUGGCGAACACUGGCUGGGACUUGAGACCAUACACCUGUUGACCCAGCUCCGGGACCACGAGCUUCUGGUGCUACUGGAGGACUGGGGAGGCCGCCGGGCCCAUGCCCGAUAUGACGGAUUCUCCCUGGAGCCCGAGAGUGACCACUAUCGCCUGAGGCUUGGCAACUACAGAGGCGAUGCUGGCGAUUCUCUGUCCUGGCAUAAUGACAAACCCUUCAGCACUGUGGACAGAGACCGGGACUCUUAUUCUGGUAACUGUGCUCUCUACCAGCGGGGUGGCUGGUGGUAUCAUGCCUGUGCCCAUUCCAACCUCAAUGGUGUCUGGCAUCUAGGAGGCCACUAUCGAAGCCGUUAUCAAGAUGGUGUCUACUGGGCUGAGUUUAGGGGUGGUGCCUACUCACUCAAGAAGGUGGCAAUGCUAAUUCGGCCCCUCUGACUCCUGACUUCUAUCCUGUGGAUCUUGCUGGGGUGGGGGGUGGGUUUGGUCAUCCUGGAUGGCCUGUUAUCUUAUAUCCUAGAGUCUGAAUGCAUUGGGGUCUGCAAAGCCCAGAAUGUUAUAAACAACAACCCCCCUCCCC